CUUUAGAAGUGGUGGUGAAAACACGCUUAGGCGAAAUUCUCUAGGCGAGUACUGACUCCCAGCAGCGCUUAGAUAGUUCGUUUGAGAUCUCCCAACCUUAGUUUUAGAAACAAUAAUCAUGCAGUCAUUGAUUAUCCUCGCCGCUUCCCUCUGCCUCGCGCAAGCAUCCUACUACGCGGGCCCUCCAGCACACAUAGCCCUCAGCCCCGACGGCAAAUACCUGCUCGACACACCGGAAGUAGCACACGCAAAAGCCGCCCACCUAGCCGCGCACGCGCAAGCCUCAUCGUCGCACGGAGCCUGGGCGCCCGCCGGCGGCGCCUACGGACCCGCGAACGGCGCAGGCGCACACUACGGAGCGCCAGCUGCUGGUCUCAUCAAAUAUGGCCCCGCUCCUCUAGCACAUGACGGUCGCGUCAUUGACACCCCCGAGGUCGCCCACCUGAAAGCCGCGCACAUCGCUGCCCUCUCCGCGGCGGCAGCCAAGGCCUCCCACGGCGGCUACGCCGGCGCCGGCGCCGGCUUGGGCGCAGGCUACGGCGCUGGUUACGGCGCCGGUUACGGAGCCGGAUACGCCGGCGGGUACGGCAAGUGGACCGGCCCCCAGGCCCACAUUCAACUCACCCACGACGGCCAGUACGUCGUAGACACCCCUGAGGUACAGCACGCGCGCGCUGCGCACUUCGCGCAGUUCGCCCACGCCGCGCAAGCCGCCGCCUCCGCGCCCGAAGAACCCUGGGAUGCCCAGGGCGGCCACGGCGCCCACGGCUGGCACUAAGAUCUACCUCCGAUUCGGCCCCCGCACUGCCUGAAAGUAUUUUUUAUACAAAAGUGAAUAAAAAACCAAAAAAAAAAAAAUGUUAAGCUGUAUAGAGUUGAAUGACGAUGUGUAUAGCGAUGCUAGAGCGAGUUUUGUACCUAAAUAAUGUAAUAAAAAAAUUAUAAUGUUACAAAA